AAUUAUCUUUUUUUUAUGUUUACUUAUACAUUGUAAAUUUUUGUUUUAAAAAAAUAAACAUUAACAUUAUUUUAAAUUAAUUAUUGUUAAAAAAAACUAUCAACAUGUUAAAAAUAAAUAAAACUUGUAAUAUUUAUUGGUUAAAAACAAUGAAAAAUAUUUUAUAUCAACAAGCUUGUAGCAAUAGUACAAAUUCAAUAAUUGAUAAAUCACCAUUAUCUGGUAUUCGUGUACUUGAUUUAACAAGAAUUGUUGCUGGUCCAUAUUGUACAAUGAUACUUGGUGAUCUUGGUGCUGAAAUAAUAAAAAUUGAACGUCCAAAUAUUGGUGAUGAAAGUCGUCAUUGGGGACCACCAUUUAUUUCAUCAAAUAAAAAUAAAGAAUCAACAUAUUUUAUGAGUGUUAAUAGAAAUAAAAAAAGUAUAUGUAUUGAUUUAAAAAAAGGACAAAAUAUAAUAUAUGAAUUAGCUAAAAAAUCUGAUGUUAUAAUUGAAAAUUAUGUACCAGGUAAAUUGUCAAAUUUAAAAUUAGGUUUUUAUGAUAUUGAAAAAUAUGCACCACAUAUUAUUUAUUGUUCAUUAACUGGAUAUGGAUCAACUGGUAAAUAUUCAUCACGUCCUGGUUAUGAUGUUAUUGCUGCAUCAAUUGGUGGUUUGAUGCAUAUAACUGGACCUAAAAAUGGUGAACCAUGUAAAGUUGGUGUUGCUAUGACUGAUUUAGCAACUGGUUUAUAUGCACAUGGUGCAAUAAUGGCUGCAUUGAUACAAAAAAGCCAUACCAAUAAAGGACAAUGGAUACAGUGUAAUUUAUUAUCAACACAAAUUGCAAGUUUAAUAAAUAUUGGAUCAAAUUAUUUGAAUGCUGAUAAAGAAGCUAAAAGAUGGGGAUCUGAACAUGAAAGUAUUGUUCCAUAUGAAGCAUUUAAAACUAAAAAUGGAUUUAUGACUAUUGGUACUGGUAGUGAUGCACAAUUUUCAGUAUUUGUUGAUAAAAUUGGUCUUUCUGAGCUGAAAAAUAAUGAUAAAUUUAUUAACAACACAUUGAGAGUUAAAAAUCGUGAAGAAUUAUUAAUAAUAUUGAGACAAAAAUUAGUCACUAAAACAAAUAAAGAGUGGUCUGAUAUAUUUGAAGGAUCACCAUUUCCUUAUGGACCUAUCAACUCCAUCAAAGAGGUCUUUGAUGAUGAGCAUGUUAAAAGCAUUGAUAUUGUCAAGGAAAUUGAGCAUCCAAGUGUCGGAAAAAUUAAAGUUGUUGGUCCACCUGUUACAUUCAGUUAUGGAACAAAUAAAGUUAGACUACCACCACCAAUAUUGGGACAACAUACUCGAGAAAUUCUUGAAGAUAUACUCGACUAUUCACAGGAUGAUAUUGAUGAUUUAAUUAAAAAUAAUAUUGUCCAAUAAGUUGAUUUAUUUUGCAUCAGUGUUUUGUGUUUUUUUUUUUUAAAUAUUUUUAAUUUUUUUUUUGUUUAUAAAUA